AUGGCACAUCUAGCACUAUCCUCUUCUAUCACUUACAAAUGGACUUUUGAUGUGUUUCUUAGUUUUCACGGUGAAGAUACUCGCUUAGGUUUCACCAGCCAUCUCUAUCGUUCUCUACGUCAAAGUGGAAUUCAUGCCUUUCUCGAUGAUGAAUUCAUUAGGAUUGGAGAAAAUAUCACACCCGCGCUUUUUGAAGCUAUACAAAAAUCAAGAAUAGCCAUCAUAGUUUUCUCAGAAAACUAUGCAAACUCAACGUUUUGUUUGCAAGAACUUGAAAAGAUUCUAGAGUGCUUCAAGGAACAGAAUCGGUUGAUAUAUCCAGUAUUUUGUUAUGUGGAUCCAUCAGAACUACGACGUCCCAGAGGAAGCUAUGCAGCAGCAUUGGCUCGACUGGAGGAAAGAUUCAAGGACAAUCCGCACAAGGUGGAAAAGUGGAGGCUGGCUCUGUCUCAAGCUGCUGACCUCAGAGGCUGUCAUCUCAAACCCAAGAUUGCAAAUGAACAAGAGUUUAUUACAAGGAUCACGAAUGUUGUUGCUGCUAGGAUUAACCGGUUGCCUUUAUAUGUUGCAAAAUAUCCCGUUGGACUUGAGGCUCGAGCCAAGAGAGUUAUCUCUCGUUUACAUCUUUGGUCCACAAAGGAAAUUAAAAUGAUAGGAAUUUGGGGAGCUGGUGGAAUAGGUAAAUCAACUAUUGCUAGGGCUGUAUAUAAUUCAAUUGCUGAUAAUUUUGAAGGCUCGUAUUUUUCUCCUAGUGUAAGAAAGGACUCCAAAAUGCCACAUGGUUUGUCACAUCUUCAAGAGACAUUAUUGCGUGAAUUAGUCAUGGAGAAAGAUCUUAAAUUGAACGAUUAUCAUGAGGGAAUACCAAUAAUAGAACAUAGGCUUGGUCAGAAGAAGAUUCUUUUGAUUCUUGAUGAUGUUGACGAAUUAAACCAAUUAGAAGCACUUGCUGGAAGUUGCAAUUGGUUUGGUUGUGGAAGUAGAAUCAUCAUCACGACCAGAGAUAAGCAAUUACUUGUAUGUCAUGAUGUUACAAGCAUUUAUGAAGUCGAGGAAUUAAAUUAUAAGGAAUCUCUUAAGUUGCUUAGUUGGUGUGCAUUUAAAAAAGCAAAUGUGGAUUCCAACAACAUGGAGGCUUGCAAUCGUGCAAUCCGUUAUUCGUGUGGCUUUCCAUUAGUUUUAGAAUUGAUUGCUUCUAAAUUGUGUGGUAAAAGAGUUGAUCUCUGGAGUUCUGCAUUGGAUAGAUUAAAAAGCACACCACAUCAAAGAGUUUUGGAUGCCUUGAAAUUAAGCUAUGAUAGUUUAGAGCGAGUAGACAAACAAGUUUUCCUUGACUUGGCUUGCUUUUUCAAUGGUGGGAAAUUAGCAUAUGUCAAUCAUAUCUUGCACUGUGUUCGGGGAAUCCAACAACCAGAAUAUGUUAUUGAAGUGCUGAUUGAUAAAUCCCUUAUAAAGCUUGAACAAGAUCUUGUAACAAUGCAUGACUCGAUAGAAGAUGCCGGUAAAGAGAUUGUUCGACAAGAAUCAUCAUAUCAGCUUAGCAAACAAAGCAGAUUAUGGUCCUAUCAGGACAUCCUUCAAGUCUUAGAACAAGACAAUGGGACAAACAAAAUUGAAGCCAUAAUUCUAGACUUGCCUGAAAAUAUAGAAGUACAAUGGAGUGGGGAGGCAUUUGUGGAGAUGAAAAGUCUCAAAAUGCUUGUGAUAAAACAAGCAUGCUUUUCUGAAUGUCCCAAAUAUCUGCCAAAGAGUUUAAGGUGGUUGGAAUGGAAAGGGUACUCUUUCAAAUUUUUCCCAUCUUUGUGUGCAACUGAACUUGUCUCUCUUGACUUGUCCUUCAGUUCUUGUGAAUUGCUCCAACCAUUUGACAAGAAAUUUCGCAAUUUAAGUAGUAUGAAGUUAACAAAUUGCAAAUCUCUACAACAAAUACCAGACUUAUCUGGGGCUUCUAAUAUAAGAGAAUUAUGUCUUGAUGGUUGCACAAAUUUGAUUGAAAUUCAUGAUUCAGUUGGAUGUUUAAAUAAAUUGAGAGAAUGGAGUGCUAUGCGAUGCAAAAACCUGAAGAUUUUGCCAUCUUGCCUAAGGUUGACAUCUCUUGAACAUCUCAACCUCUUCGGUUGUUCAAGUCUUCAAAGAUUUCCAGAAGUAUCUAUCUUGAUGGAAGAAAUGCAGACACUUGAUUUGGACAAGACAGCGAUUAUUGAAUUGCCAUCUUCAAUCUGCAAUCUUAUUGGACUUCGAGUCUUAAGCAUGGAGGAAUGUCCUAAUCUUAUGCAGCUACCAGCUAGCAUUUGUACGCUACCAAACCUUUGGAAACUAACAGCAAAUUCUUGUGAGCAAAUGAGUCAUUUUAAGAAAUGUGAAGGUGGAGAUGAAGCAACAAACUUAGAUUGCUCGCAUAUUGGGGGGAUGCCACCAAACUUGGAAAAAUUUAGUGCCAUAUGUUGCUCAUCAUUGACUGAGUUAUCCAAAAUCAAAGUAUUGGAGCAGGCAAUCAACUUUCAAUGUGGGAAAAAAAACUUUAUUUUGCCUGGAGAAAAAUUUCCAAAAGGGCUCCAUAAGUAUGAUUGGGGAAAUUCUGUGUCAAUUUGGGUUCGUGACGUGCUCCCAACAACUUUUCUUUGGAUUCUUGUCAAAGAUGUCCAGGAUUAUGUCUACAAUUGUGAAUUCUCAGUGCACAUCAAUGAGGAAACCAAGCUGGAGAUAUGUAUUAAGCACGAGUCUGAAUCUUAUGGGGAUUUAGAAAUUUUGGAAGCUGGCGGUUAUAAGGGUACAACAUAUGCAAGAGGUCAUUCCUACGACAACUUGACAGAGUUGCGCCUUACAGAUUGCAACAGAUGUCGCAGUAUUCCUGCACUUGGCCAACUACCUGCUCUUAGGUCCUUAACUAUUGAAACAUUACGAAGUUUGGUGGCUGUGGGUUCUGAGUUUUCCAAGGCAGAUGAUUGGGCUUCACUUAUACCAUUUCCAUCCCUUGAAACUCUCAGUUUUAAACAUAUGAUCUCCUGGGAACAAUGGCAUUCCAUUGAUAUGGAAGCUUUUCCUAAACUCCAAACUCUUAGCUUUUAUAAUUGUCCCAAAUUAAUUGGAAAUUUACCCCCCAAACUUCUUUCUUUAGAGCGUCUGGGCAUUCAACGAUGUCCACUGCUUGCUUCUUCUAUCCCAAAGUGUCCAAUCAUUCAAAAGAUUGCUAUAAUUAAAAGUCCAAAUGUAGCGUUGCAAGAGCAAGAAUUACCACCUUCCCUACGCCGUCUGGCAAUUUCAGGUGGGCACGGGUUGGGGUCUCUGUCCGUAGAGUUGCAUAUUGAAGAUUUAAUUGUCUGGGAUUGUUCUGAUGCGGUGCCACCUCCACUGAUCCAUAUCCCCCCAUCAGUGAAACAGCUAAUUAUAGGAGGCUGUGAAAAUCUCAACGCUUUUCGGGUUCCAAAGGCACCUCUUGUUCAUGUCCGAAAGAUUUCCCUUUACUAUUGCAAGUUUCUAACGUCCUUGUUUGAUAACAUGGAGUGUCUUCUUCCAAAUUUAGAAAAGCUUAAAAUAAAAGGAUGUCCAAAAAUGGAGCCAUUCUCACGAGGGUUGUUACCAUCCAGUUUAAAACAACUUAAGAUAAGAGAGUGUGACAAGUUAUUAUCAUGUCAUGCGAAAUGGCAUCACCUUCCAACUAUCAUUAAGCUUGUCAUCUCUACUGAUUCUGACACAUUGCAUUGCAUAGGGCUUCAACACCUAACUUCUCUUCAACAACUAGAGCUUCGGUAUUCUGACAAGCUUGAGAAAAUAGAAGGAGGAAUGAUGCCUCCUUCCCUACUAAAGCUCCGCAUUAGGGAUUGCCCGCUUCUCGAAGAGCGAUGCCUCGACAAGGAUGAGGAAAUUUGGCCAAAAAUCUCUCACGUUCCAUACAUCAGUUUAAAUGGCAGACGUUUAAGGUGCAUUGAUCCCUUAUUCCAAGUACUAGUUUCAUAUAAGUAUCAUAUUUAG